GCCUCAGCACCAGGACUUGGGUGGAUCGAGGGGAUCUGAAGGAGCCAUGUAUCCAAGGGCUCCCCAUGCUGCCCUGCUGCUGUUCCUCUUGCUGACCCUGGUGUUGUCCUUGGUGGUGGAGGAUCACAAGGAAUCAGCCUACGAGAAGUUCCAGAGGCAGCAUGUAGAUGAGGAUAGUCCCUCUCCAUACGAUGAUGCCUACUGCACUCAGAGGAUGCAGGCCAAGAAUAUGACCCAGCGCACUUGCAAAAUCAUCAACACCUUCAUCCAUGCUGCCUUACCAAGCAUAGAUGAUAUCUGCACAGGGGCUGGGAACAACACACACGACAACUAUUACUAUAGCUACAGUGACUUUAAUGUCACCGACUGCACUUUUGUAAGUGGCUCCCCCCCAAAAGAGUGUAUGUACAGUGCAAGGUUCAAUACCCAGAAGAUCUGCAUUGCCUGCACUGAAAACCUGCCUGUGCACUAUGGCCCAGUGAGCCAGUGCAGGCCAUGAGUCCUGCACUGCCCCGCAGCUUUUGCUUGCAGUGCAGGCCCUCAUUGCCAAAGCCUGCACUGCUCAAGAAGAGAGAGAAAGAGAAGAGAAAAAGAUGCUGAUGCUGAUACCAUGUGUUUCAAAAUGUUCU